AUGUCUGCGUGGCCGUCUCACUCGGCGAGACAUUUCCUCCGUGAAUUGGUUGUGAAUGCGAUUCUUCUUCCCUGCCUUGAUCUGAUCGCUGAUCCAGACACCAUCAAUCACCUACUGAUAUUGGCGUUCGAUGCACAGAAAGCAGAAGAUGAAGAAGUGUCGCAGCUUGCUAAUAGUAGCAAAGAUGUGAAUUUCCUCAUGAAUUUCACCGAGCCUCCCUCGCAAACUGUCCCGGAUUCGUUGCUCCAGUUGAAGUUGAGCGAGUUAUUGAGGGAUGCACGACAAUUCUCCAUGUUCCGUCUGUACCUGCAAGACACUCGUGGACCAGUUCAUGAACUGAGUUUCUUAGCCGAAGCUUCUCGUAUUCACGACAGUAUGCAGCGGAAGUCAUACCAAGUCGUCUACCAACGGAUGCAAGCUGAUCAUGUGAUCCCAUUUUGCCAGUCUGAUGCGUUUUUGGGAUAUUUAUGCGGUAGUCCACCAGUUUCCGUUAAUGAGCUGAUUGAUCAACGCUCUGUGCCAAGGAAGUCAUCAGUGUCAGGAGGCACAUUUUCUUUAGCGCAGUUCAGGUAA